AUGCCUUUAGAACCGGACGUGCCAGCUGAUACGCAUAUCAAUUACGACGAUGCGGUGAGCUACUGGUCGUCAGUGCCGGCCACGGUCGACGGAAUGCUUGGCGGAUUCGGCACGGGAGUGGUGCCCAAAGUCGAUAUUAUAGGGUCUAAUGCGUUUGUACGACGACUGAAUAUUCUUCAAAAAUCUGCUUCUGGAGACCAAUUGCCUCGUCAUGGUCUGGAUGUUGGAGCAGGAAUCGGACGAAUCACCAAAGAUUUCUUGUCGAAAAUCUGCGACCAGGUGGAUCUGGUGGAGCCAGUCAAGAACUUCGUGGACCAGGCACAUGAAUCGCUGGCUGAUCUGAAGAAAGAGGGCAAAGUGGGCACAAUAUUCAAUGUAGGAAUGCAAGAUUUCACACCCGAAGAGGGCAAAUACUGGCUGAUUUGGUGUCAAUGGUGUGUCGGUCAUUUGGCCGACGACCGGCUGGUGGAGUUCUUCCAGCGAUGUAUCAAGGGACUUCAACCCGGUGGAUAUAUCAUCGUCAAAGAAAACAACGCACCUGUCGAAGACGAUUUCGAUGACACUGACAGUUCUGUCACAAGAACCGAUGCCAAAUUCCGCGAACUGUUCACACGAGCGGGACUUGACCUCAAACUGGUCACCAAACAAACCGGGCUCCCCAGAGAACUGUACCCCGUGCGAAUGUACGCGCUACGACCGGCCACCGACGUAGAACCCUCCUCUUAG